ACAGAAUUUUGCACCUGUUUUUCGGAUAUUCUUUGUAAAAUAUUGAGUUCGAUUUUGGAGGGAAUUGGAGAGUUUUCAGAUCAGAAUGAGAUCAAGAAGUAUUUUUCGAGACUUGAAAAGCUUGCACAAAAUGUUGAACCAACCACUUAUCCGAAAAUUAAAGAGCUUAUAAAAAAGACUGAUCGAAUGAUAGAUAAAUGGAAAGACGGUACCGAUUCAUCUGAACAUGAAGAAGUGCUAGAGAAAUUUUUUGAUAUUAUUUGCAAUAUAAAGACAAAUUUUGGCAUAAUAAAAGGUAGAUGCAGUCGAGGUUCCAUUAACAUCGAAUUAGAGUUUCCUAACAGGGGAAGUUUUCUGAAAUUUAAAAAUGAUGUUAAAGAAGGCGACAUGAAAGGGAAGCUGACAGACAUACUUCUUUUUCAACCCUUAAUGCAAAAUUUAGACUUGAGUUUGGAACCCGAUGAUUUAUCUGUUGUAUUUGGAGAUGUUGAAGAAAAACAAAGCACAAAUGAUAUUGAUUUAAUACCAUUGUCAGAGAGCGAUGUUUUUGUUGUGGCCAUUGAUCUUGGAAAUACAUAUUUAAGCUUUGCAUUCUCGGAAAUGAAUUCAACAAAGACCACUCCUAGUUUGACUAGUAACAAACACAGCCAUCUUGAGAAAAUCCCUACUGUUCUUCUGCUAGAUAAAGACCUGCAAAUUCAUUCAUUUGGACAUAAAGCAAGAGAGGAGUACGCAAAUCUUCGAGGACAAAAGGAAGCCGAAGAGGUCUUUUACUUCGAAAACUUCAUGACUUUGAUAUAUGAAGCAAGCACAAAGAGUAUGGAUAGAAGCAUUCAAAUACCUGACUCGAAAGGAAGGAAUGUCAGUGCUAAAAUCAUCAUAAGCCGAUGUGCCUCUUAUAUGAUAGAACGAGCAAUAAGACAUAUUCGGGACGAGUUUGCACACGUUCUGCCGAGUAACUUUAAGUUUGUCUUUACCUUGCCAACAUUUUGGUCUUUAGCCCUACCUUAA